AUGAACCUACGCUCGCUGCUGCUUGGGAGCGCCAUCGCUCUCGGCGCCAAUGCUUUGUUAGUCGUCCCUGAGAGCGAGGGAGUGACCGUCACUCCGCAGGGCGAACUUAUCAGCAUCCUGCCUCUGGAAGCCUCGGCCGCUCAGCAACAGCUGGUUGAGCUCACCUGCAAGGAAUGUCCGUUCCGUGAAGUCCGUGAGGAUGGAGAAGUCAGCUGGACUGACGGCUUCGAAACGUCUCUGGCUUUGAACUUCGCGAUGGAUGCCGGCGCUUUGCUGGUCAACGGUCAUCAGAUUUUCCCUCCCCCUCCUCAAACCGUUAUCAGUGCCGUUCAACGCCGGAUUCCCGAUGGACAGGAGUCUGAUCCCAUCUCCUUGGGAUACGCGGUGGAAUUCAUGCCUUUGGGAGUACCAGAUGACGCACCCAUGGAGUUGUCCGCCCUUCGGUUCACAAUUCUCGACUUGGACGGCCAUCCAGUGCCGCUCGACACUGUCGCCAUCACGAUGAUCAAUGACCUCAGGGGCAACAUCUACAUGGCGAAGACCGAAAUUGAAGAUACGACCCCCAACCGUGGCUCAUGGAAGCAGUGCCGUGGAAAGCCUAAGUGCUUGCGGAAACUGUUGGUCGAACGUAUUCGGGCUUUGUUUACCGCUGCGAAGGCGCGUGUCCUUGGAAUGAAGUCCAAACUGCCUGGCUGUGGUGGGAAACGCCCCCACUCUGCCAUGCCGCACCCUCAUCAUCACCCUGAGGGUGAUUUUGAUGACGCUUUUGUACCUGGGCAUUAUCCCAGCACGGAGGAUGAAGAACACUUCGGAAUGGCCGGCCGUCCUCACCACCACCAUCCGCACCACAUGCACCAUAGCGGCUGGGAGCGGACCGUUUCCCGUAUCAUCCGCUACGUCGUCGUUCCGGCGGUGCUUGGUGUUCUCGCAGGUUUGACUGCUAGUGCUCUAGGUAUGCUAAUUGGCCAGGCUGUGGUGUUCCUCUGGCAGCGCUACCGCCGUACUCCCGUCAGGGAGAAUGAAGAAGCCGGAACUGUGUUGGAGAAGGAGGGCUUGAUGACAGAAUCCUCGGAGAGUCAUCCUCCCGCCUAUAGCGAUGAGGAUUCUCGCGAGCAGGCCUCCGACAUGAAACACUGA